AUGUCGCCCGGCUCCUGCGGCUACGUCCUCACCUUUCGUGUUCAUCCGGACAAGAAGUUGCGGGAGCUCUUCGAGGAAGCCAAUGGCCUUGACGCCGUCUUCUCUCCGCGCAAGGUCGACGACGUCGAGAUUGUUCAGGAAGAGUCGAGCUCCACUGAUGCAUUUGCAGCCUACUACGUGGCCGCCAACAAGAACAAGGACCGCCCACCCGCCUUUGGCAAGGACAUUGCCCUUGCGGUCGAGAGCUUGCCGACCUGGUAA